GUGGUGCUGCUGUCAGGUCCUCCAGGUUUAGGGAAGACCACUCUGGCCCACAUCAUCGCUAAGCAUGCUGGGUACAACGUGGUGGAGAUUAACGCCAGUGAUGACCGCAGUGCGGAGCUGUUCCAGAAGCGUAUCGACACAGCGACCCUGAUGAGGUCAGUGCUGGGAGCCAAUGAGAAGCCUAACUGCCUCAUCAUCGACGAAAUCGACGGAGCGCCCGCCGCUGCCAUCAGCAUCCUAUUGGCCACUCUGAACAGGAAGGACAGCCAUGGGGCGGAGUCAGAGGCGGAGCCUCUAAAGAAGAAGAAGAAGAAAGAGUCUGUCCUCCUCCGUCCAAUCAUCUGCAUCUGUAACGACCUGUAUGUUCCAGCCCUGAGGCCUCUGAGGCAGCAGGCGUUUCUAUUGGCCUUCCCCCAGACACAGCCUUCCCGCCUGGCACAGAGACUGGCUGAGAUAUCCAGGUGCCAGGGUAUGAAGGCUGACGUGGGGACUCUGAUUGCUCUCUGUGAGAAGACGGACAAUGACAUCAGAUCCUGCAUAAACACACUGCAGUUCCUCCACGGCCGAGGGAAGAGACAGCUGGACGUGCAGGCGGUCCAGUCCAUGAGGAUCGGCCAGAAGGAUCAGAAUAAAGGACUGUUCAACCUCUGGCAGGAGAUCUUCCAACUGCCACGCAUCAAACGGAAGCGUGUGGGCGAGGAGCUGGAAGAGGGUCUUAGAGAAGGAGGCGGGGCCGAGAGACUACAGCACAUCCUUCACCUGGCCUCAUCCACCGGAGAGCACGACAAACUCACACAGGGUCUCUAUGAUAACUUCCUGUCUAUGCGUGUGAAGGACCCCAGUCUUGGCGGAGUGUGUCAGGCUCUGGAUUGGCUGGGCUUCUCAGACGGGUUGACCCAGGCCAUGCUGCAAGGACAAAACUUCUCUCUGAUGCGAUACCAGUCCUUCCUCCCCGUUGCUUUCCACUUCCUGUUUGCUCACACACACGUCCCCCGCAUCAACUACCCCCACAGCCAGUACGAGGCUCUAACUAAGACCUCAGCCAGCAGGAACGCUCUGGCGGCCAUGUUGUCUGAAGUCCCAGCAUGCAUCAGGACCAGAAUCAGUGAGCUCAGUCUCAGUCUGGACAUCCUGUCUCUCCUGCUGGACAUCAUCUGUCCUAAACUACGACCUGUGAACCCCCAGCUGUUCAGGGGGGGGGGGUUAG